AUGGCAUCUACUCUUCAAUCGCUACUUCAUCUUUCUGGACGCUAUAUAUGUGGUCAUCCUUUCGGCUAUUGCAUUUGCUGCCCUCCGACAGAGGACGGUGGCAAUCUUACCCUUGCACAUAUCACUCGCAGAAAAGCUCAGAGCUCGCUAUCACAUACAAAACAGAAACCGAUGAAAGACAAAGCAAACAAGUGGCAUGUCGUCUGGGUGCAAUCCCAGAUACAUGCUGGAGAACUUUUGAGAUCAUGGCAAGGGUCCAUUCCGAAACCAGAUGCAAUUGAUGGAUUAAACCAUCCCAACGGUCCGGGCCACGAUACGGAAUAUCUUUCCGGACAAAAGAUGCUGCAGGAUCAGAGGCUGCUGGAAAUAUACAAACCUGCCGCAGCGGCUGUGGUCAUAGCAUGCCGCAGGGGUCAUUUGCUGGAAUUCGAAUUCAGCAGCUCAAUUGAUGCUUAUUAUGCAAUGGUGCCAGAGCUGUGCCCGAGUGUUGGACACGAACGCUGA